GUUAUAUCAAAGGAAAAAAUCCAAUUUAUAAAAAUGUCAUCAUCAAAAGAUAUCAUCAUAGAAUGAUGAUCAUCAGCAUUUUUUAUCAUUCACAAUUAUAUUAUGGAUCUCAAUGAGAUGUCACCGAAUUUUAAAUCAUCAUUUUUUUUAUUAAAAAGGAAAUGGAAUAGAUUACCGAAAUUUCUUCGUUUCUAUUUGAUUGUAGUUUUUCUAUUUGUUGCUUUCACAUUCUCUUAUUAUGUAUUUUUUGUUGCAUCAAAGAAAAAUCUAAUUGAAAUUAAUGCCAGUGAUGAAAAUGAUUUACUGUUAAAUGAUGAUGAUCGUAUUCAUCCCUCACAAGUCAUUGAACAUAAUUUAAUUCCACCACAAAAUCCGCACUUGGAUGAUAAUACAAUCAAAGAAUUUAUUGUGACACAAAAAAUACCACCCAUUUUGCUUGAUGAAAGCGAUAAUAGUGAUGAUAAAGCAAUAACCAGUGAAGAAUUUCUUCAAGCUUCACUCAAACAAAAUGAGAAACAAAAAAUGAUUCAAGAAGCCAUAUUACAUUCAUGGAAAGGUUAUCAUGAAUAUGCAUGGGGCCAAGAUAUGUUGAAACCGAUCACUAGAAAAGGUAAAAAUUGGUUCGGUAUCGGUUUGACCAUUUUAGAUUCGCUCGAUACUUUGCUGAUUGCUGGCCUGGAAAAUGAAUUUCAACAAGCUCUAAACUGGAUUAAACAUGAACUUACAUUCGAAGUGAAUGAAAAUGUGAAUUGUUUUGAAACAACUAUCCGUGCCUUAGCUGGACUAACGUCAGCGUAUCAUAUUUGCAAAGAAAAAAUUUUACUCGAGAAAGCCAUAGAUCUAGGCAAUCGUUUGAUUCAUUGUUUUGAUUCACCAAGCAAAACGGUUCCUUUUAGUGAUGUCAAUCUUAAAAGUAAAAUCUCUAAAUCACCAGUUUAUAUGCCAGAAUCAUCAAUGUCGGAAGUAUCCACUGUACAGCUAGAAUUUCGUGAUCUAUCUUAUGAAACAAAUGACAAAUCAUAUGAAGAGAAAUCAUUUGCAACAUCAAAAUAUAUUCACGAAUUAAUUCAAAAACGUAAAAAUUAUUUGCUGCCAAUGUAUAUAAAUCCUCUUUCGGGAAAUCUAAUGUCUUCCACCAUAACACUUGGUGCUCGUGCUGAUUCAUAUUACGAAUAUCUUUACAAACAAUAUGUUCAAACAAAAAUCGAAUUCUUACUCGAUGAUUAUAUUCGAUCGAUCGAUGCCAUUAAAGAUCGAUUGGUGGCCACAACUCAAGGUGAACUAAAAUUACUAUAUAUAGGCGAAAUUAUAAACAGCGAUCCACAAUCAAUUCAUCCAAAAAUGGAUCAUCUUGUUUGUUUUCUGUCCGGUACAUUAGCAUUAGGAUAUUAUCAUGAACAUUUACGUCCAUUUCAUAAAUCGGGUAUUGCGAAUGAAACAUUUAUUAGUCAUUUAAAAUUAGCUGAAGAUUUAGCUCGUACGUGCCAUUAUAUGUAUAAUCUAACUGAAACUGGUUUGGCACCGGAAAUCGCAUAUUUCGGAAUCAAUGAUAAACAGCAUGAAUAUUAUAUCCAACCAAGAGAUACCCAUAAUUUAUUACGUCCAGAAUUUGUUGAAUCGUUAUUUUUUCUUUAUCAUAUAACUGGCAAUCAAAAAUAUCGUGAUUGGGGUAUGCAAGUAUUCAAUGCAUUUGAAAAAUUUACCCGUGUAAAUUCCGGUGGUUAUACAACAAUAAAUGAUGUCCGUCAUCCAAAAAAUGUUAAACCAAAAGAUUUAAUGGAAUCUUUUUGGUUGGCAGAAACUCUUAAAUAUCUGUAUUUAUUAUUUAUGGAUGACCAUAAGAUUGUACGUAAAUUGUUAAACAAUUAUGUAUUCAAUACUGAAGGUCAUAUUUUACCACGAAGAGUGUAGAAAAUUAAUCAAUCAUGAUUAUAUUAUAUUAUAUUAUAUAUUGUAAUUGUAAUGUAAUAAAUUUGAACCUU